GAAGUUGGGUCAAUACUUAGAUUAGAAUAGGAUUGUUCGUAAAUAUUUUAGUGUUUCUUUUGUUUCGCAAAAUAUUAAUUUCAAUCGUGUUUUGAUCUUUUACCUGUUUGUUACAGAUAUUUCAAUUCAAUAUUAUACGUACAGUGAAUCCCAAAUAUAUGAAUACAUAGCAAGAGUUUUUUAAAACGUCGUAUUCUCAACAUUUUAAGAUUAAAUGGCGCGGAAAAAACGAGUUUAAUAUAUCAGUCCUUCAUAUUUCAGGGCUAUUAAUUUACCCUUAAUUUAAAAUAAAAAGCAGUUUCUUCAGAUUUAUCAAAAACUGGGACAUUCUACAAGCUGCGAACAUCUCAGCAGCUUUAUUUGUGUAGACAAAUGAUGAAGCAUUACAGUUAAUAUUUCAAUAAAUUUCAAGACUACAUUUCAUGCGCUCUUGCUAUAUGUGAGAUUGGCUGUAUUUAGUUAAAAUACAUUAUUAACUUAACAAUUUUUUUUACAGUUUUGUCAAUAGCACAUUAUUAGAUUUUCUUUAGAUAAAAUAAUAAAAACUUUGUACUUUAAUAUUUUCAGAGUGAAGAAAAAGAAAAAAUGGGGGUUCCGAAGUUUUAUCGGUACAUGAGUGAACGGUAUCCUUGCCUCAGUGAGGUAGUAAAGGAGUACCAGAUACCAGAGUUUGAUAAUCUGUACCUGGACAUGAACGGUGUUAUCCACACCUGCUCCCAUCCUAAUGAUGACGAUCCUCACUUCAGAAUUACAGAGGAGAAAAUAUUUGCAGACAUAUUUCACUAUCUUGAAGUAUUAUUCAGAAUGAUUCAACCACGAAAGGUAUUUUUUAUGGCUGUGGAUGGCGUAGCUCCAAGAGCAAAGAUGAAUCAGCAACGAGGCAGAAGGUUUCGGUCUGCUCGUGAGGCUGAACUAAAUGAGAAAAAGGCGAGGGAUAGAGGAGAAGACCUUCCUACAGAAGAUAGGUUUGACUCAAAUUGUAUCACACCUGGAACACCCUUUAUGGUUCGACUACAAGAGCAGCUUAAGUAUUUUGUGGCUAACAAAAUUUCUACAGAUUCACUCUGGAGGAAUACUAAGGUGAUAUUAUCUGGUCAUGAGACCCCAGGAGAGGGAGAGCAUAAAAUUAUGGAUUUUAUCAGAUAUGAGAAAGCACAGCCCGGAUAUGAUCCUAAUACCAGACACUGUCUGUAUGGUCUAGAUGCUGACCUAGUGAUGCUGGGAUUGUGUACUCAUGAUCCUCAUUUCUCUCUACUCAGAGAAGAAGUUAAGUUUGGAGGGAAGAAGUCCCAGACUUCAAAGAGAACUCCAACCCCUGAGGAAACCACAUUUCAUCUUCUUCAUCUUAGUCUACUCAGAGAGUAUCUUGACUUUGAGUUCCAAGAGUUGAAGUCGCUCCCCUUCUACAACAUUGAGAACAUCAUUGAUGACUGGGUGCUGAUGGGGUUCCUUGUAGGGAAUGAUUUCAUUCCACAUCUUCCCAACAUGCACAUCAAUAAGGGAGCUCUACCUGAGCUGUACAACUGCUAUAAAACUGUACUGCCGACCCUGGGAGGGUACAUAAACGAAGGAGGAACCCUUAAUCUGCCUAGGUUUGAGAAGUUUCUAGCCCAGCUAUCUGAGAGUGAGCUUGAGAAGUUUGAUGAUAUCUACUCCGAUGCUAAAUGGUUGGAGGGGAAGACUGCCAGGAAGAAUAAUGGAAAAACUGAGGUUGAACCAACACCAGGUCCCAGUAAUGUCUUUGAGAUGCUGGAAGGUAUUCCAGAACCCGGAGUUAAUCCAAUCCAACCCUCGGCUAGAAAUGCAGACCUUCAACGUCUGAUGGAUAGUGCUAUGGAAUUUGAUUCUUCUGAAUCUAACUCUGAGGUUGAUCCUCUGGACUGUGAGGAUAGAAGUAGGUUCUAUCAAAUGGAGUUUCGUCAGCAUAAGAGAGAUUAUUACAUGCAUAAACUUGGAUACGCCCAGGUAAAUGAGGAGACCCUUCGGGAGCAAGCUGAAGGUUAUGUUCGAGCCAUCCAAUGGAAUCUACACUACUAUUAUAAUGGCUGUAUGAGCUGGUCCUGGUACUACCCUCACCACUUUUCACCCUGGAUUACAGACAUCAAGGGUUUUUCCAACAUGACUCUAGAGUUUGAAAUGUCAAAACCUUUCCUUCCCUUCGAGCAAUUGUUAGCUGUGCUACCAGCAGCCAGUAAGAACCUUGUUCCUCCUGCCCUCCAAUGGUUGAUGACAAGUAAUGAGAGUGAGAUAAUUGACUACUAUCCACCAGAUUUUGAACAAGAUCUAAAUGGAAAGCAACAAGACUGGGAAGCAGUUGUUCUUAUUCCCUUUAUAGAUGAGAAAAGAUUGCUGGCUGCAAUGGGUCCCCUCUAUCCUAAGCUGACUGUGGAGGAAGCUGAAAGGAAUGUUCACGGCCCAAUGUAUGUUUGUUCAUAUUCUCUUGAUUGCCUAGGAAAAUACCCAGCUCCUGCAUAUUUUCCUGCAAUUGAACAGAGUCACUGUACUAUGACCAAAGUAGAUCGAAAUGAUUGGAAUGUUCCGCUGCAUUUACUGAAGAAGGGGUUGAUGGAUGGAGCUAAGCUUGGAGUUUUCUUCCCAGGCUUCCCAACUCUUCAGCAUAUAAGACACACUGCUAGGUUGAGUAAAGCCCAGGUUAAGGUUUUCGAACAGACAAGCAGAGGGGAAAAUAUGAUCCUAACCUUGGAGAACCAGGGUAGACCUGAACUUGCUGAAGUAGCUAAAGCUAUGAUUGGUAAAGAGGUUUGGGUAGGAUGGCCGCAUUUAUUUGAGGCAAAGGUUACUGGAGUUAGUAACUCUCAAUGUCUUUACACUGAUCCGGACAAGCGAGAAGAUCCUCUCAGAGAAUUUAAGACUAUCCAGUCAGAUAUUAGAAGUCGAUACAGCUCUAGAUAUGGGAUUGAGAUUGGAAGCACAGAUAUUUUGAUCCAUGCUUGUCCAAUGUCUGGUCGACGGUAUGAAAUGGCCUCUACUGGGGGACGGAUAACCCUGGAGAAGCAAUGGCACAAGACAUCGCAAUUUUACCCUUUGCAGACUGUGGUCGCAGACAUACCAGUACAUGAUGCUUCUCUAAAGCAGUAUUGUACAGUAGAGGAGCUGUUUAAACCUGACACUGUGUGCUUUAUGCUGGGUGAACCAUGUUAUGGAGGUAUGGGAACUGUAGUAGGAAUAGAUCCUGCACAUCAAGGACGAAUUAGGCUUAAGUUUGUUCUGCAAGAAGAACCAGAUCUGCGACCUGUGUUUGCUAAACAGAAUGAACUUCAAGAGAACUAUGUUACAGGGUACAAAGCUGCUCAGUAUAUAGGGAUUACAUCACAUAUUCUUUCCAGAAUUACUGGGACCAUAUUUCUGGUACGGGGAGCAAGAGAACAGCAGACAGACUCUGUCAGUAAAACCAACAUCGGCCUUAAUCUCAAGUUUAACAAGAAGAGUGAAGAGGUGUCUGGAUUCACAAAGAAAUCUGAAUCUGGUUGGACCUAUUCUAUGGCCUGUAUUGAAGUAUUGAAAAUCUAUCAAUCAAAGUUUCCUGAGGUGUUUGAGUAUAUUGCGUCCUCUAAUAAUUCAUCCAACGACAUGUUUCAUGAGAUGGAUGUGUUUGAUGAAGAGACAGCUGAGGACAGGGUCAAGGAGCUAAUCACAUGGUUGGAGGGUCUGCCCACUCUCAAAGCUCCAAGGCAACCGUUUGGUACUGAGACACUGGAUUCUGAAGUAGUAAAAACAAUAGAAUCAUUAACUUCAACACCAAGGGCUGUCAAGGAGUGGACGCUACAGGUCCGACCUAAACUUCUCUACAUGCCGAACCAAUAUGCUGGAUCUAGCCUCGUGGAUCCCAACACUACAUUCAACCUUUUCGAUAGAGUUGUUAAUAUCAGGGAAGGGUUUUCCGUUCCCCUUGGUCUUCGGGGUUCCAUCAUCAGAAUUCAGAAAGGAGAAAAGCCAGCCGACAGUCUUUAUGAUGUCGUCUUUGACCAACCAUUCACAGGUGGGCUGACUCUUAAUUGCUCACCCGACCGUGGAUACAGAUUACCAGGGUUUGCUCUCAUCAACAUUAGUUUCAAGGAGAAGACCCAGUGGGUAAAGGAGGAUCGACGACGAAAUAAGCCUCGGGCAGUUGUUCAACCUUACGAGGGCGGUUACAGUCAGCAGGCGCCCCGAAAUAACGGAGGAAAUAAAAAUAGUUGGAAUGAUGGACCCCCCAAGCAUUGGCCUUCCAGAGGUGUAUCUGGAGGGCAAGGUUAUAACAACCAGGGUAGAGGAUACUCCGGACCAAAACCUAAUCCUUUUGAACGCCAAGGUAGCAAGGAACCUGAAGUGAAGGAGAAAAAAGCCAACCCACUACUGGAUCCUGAACCCCUUCUAGUGCAACCCCCUGAUCCAUCCACAAUACCCCUUCCGCAGGGGUUUAUUCAGAGUUCUGCCCCAGCUGGUAGAGGAAGAGGUGGCGUGUCCAUCAUGCAGCGAGAAGGUGGAAAAGGGCGUGGGAGAGGCCAGUCCAAACAUCAUAAACCGCAAGCAGAGCCACAGCUCCAGCAAGAACAACACAUGCAAAACCUGUGGCAAUCCCUGCAACAGGGCAAUCUACCAAUUGCCGCCGUGGGAGGUCUCAGUAAAGAUAUUCUUCAUGGACAGGGAGGAGGUCAAGUACCAGAGGUCAAGGAUGGACGGUCUAUGCAGGAAAUGGAGUUGAGUAUAAAGAAGAUGUUAAAUAUCUCCGCAUCCGAUAGAAAUCCACUUCUUGAUUCAUCAACUGCAUCAAGUCAGUCUGGCACUAAGUGGUCAGAUCAGCUGCGGGAUUUAUUGCUGAGUAUUGGAUUGAAUACUGAACCUCCUCCAUGUUACACAGCUGUUCAGGAUCAAACCACCUGCCUGCUGCAGGGCGAGGUAACAUUGGAAGACGGAAGAAUAUUUACAUCAAAAGAAUGCUUCGGAAACAUCGAAGAAGCUUAUGAGAGCGCCGCUUGUAGCGCGGUUGCUGCACUUCAAAAUGAAAUGUCACGGAAAUCCACGAAUAAUUCUAAAAGCCAACCAGGGUCAUAUCCUACAGGUCAGCCAGGGUCAUAUGAUGGAGGUCGGAACUCUGGACAGCAGGGGUUCUAUCAGGCCAGCAAGUCUGAUCGGUCCCAGUUUGUUCCCCUGCAGGUAGCUAAGCGUGCAGUUCAGUCUCGAGAGAGAGAUGAGACAAGUCAGACCAGGUCAUCUCCCAGCCCUUCACUUCAACUCAAGGAUGAACCUGUAAACCUGGGUCGGACGAAUAAAGAUGGAUUAGUUGCUCAAGGGGUAAAAGUUGAAAACCCGAAACCGAGUUCGGAGAAGAAGGGUCGAGGUCGAGGUCAGAGGCCUAAGGUCCGUCUUGCGGCGAACUUCGGAGGACAAUCUGUCCUCAAAUAAAUCAAUCACUUUAAUCAAAUUCUUGUGGAUAGUGUUAACAUAAUUUAAAUGACUAUAAUUACGACAAUUUGUCCAGAAAUGAAUCUAAACAUGAUCUUCUUUACCCAACAGUUAAGUACUUUGGUUUCCAUUUUUUUUGGUCUGAAGAAUGUUAAAAAAUGUUUGUUGUAAUUUAAUUUAACUAUUUGAUGCAUGAUGUAGUGUAUAUUUUACACUGGACAAAUAGUAAUAAAAGAACAAAAUUAUUUUUGAAAUAAAAUUUGACACAUUUAAAA